AUGAGCAAGCUAAGCCAGGAGACCCUCAACGCGGCCAUUGCCUCCAUUUUGAAGGGGUCGCAGGAGAAGAAGAGGAAGUUUGUGGAGACCAUUGAGUUGCAGAUCAGCUUAAAGGACUAUGACACCCAGAGAGAUAAGCGUUUCUCUGGCUCUGUGCGUCUGCCACACGUGCCUCGUGCCAAGUCCAAGGUUUGUGUGAUUGGCGAUGCCGUACAUAUGGAGGAGGCAAAGGCUUUAGGCCUCGACUGUAUGGACAUUGAGGCCCUCAAGAAGAUUAACAAAAAUAAAAAGAUCGUCAAGAAGUUGGCACGCAAAUAUGACGCGUUUUUAGCAUCACAAGCCUUAAUACCACAGAUACCUCGUUAUUUAGGUCCUGGUCUAAACAAAGCAGGAAAAUUCCCAACACUAAUUACUCAUCAAGAUAAAAUUGAAGAUAAAAUUCUUGAAGUCCGAUCCUCCGUCAAAUUUCAACUCAAAAAAGUGCUCUGUAUGGGUGUAGCCGUAGCCAAUGUAGAGAUGACAGAGGCACAGUAG